AUUAAACCCUAAUCCCCAUCCUCUUUUCCGGUUCAUCUUUCCCUUCCCUUCCCUUCCCUUCCCUUCCCUUCGGCCUCCUCCACUCUUCGGUCCUGUACAACACCAAUCCCUUCCCUUUUUCCGGUAAACCUAACCCCAAAACACCCAAAAAUGGUAGAUUUAACACCAGUAAAAAUUGCUUAUGAAAUUGAACAAGAUCCACAACGAAAAGCAUGGUUGAAACUUUAUUUCGAGCAUAUCAGUGAAAGAAAAUUCCUUGAUUUUUAUCUUUCUUUGAGGGGAACCGAAUCAACAACGCCAUUCAUGAGUGUAUUUGCCAAAGCAGCUUUCGACAAAGUCAUGCGAACCAUUGCAGAAGAGGUUGCAGAAGGUAGGCAAAUUGUUUGUGCCCUUCUAGCAAAGGGGAGCGAACUGGUCAACGAAAAGGAACGCAAGAAAGCAAGGGUUUCAUCCCCGAAAAUUGCGGCUGGAAGUAAGGGGAAGGAGAAGAUGGUUGAUGAUUCUGAAGGAUUGGUUGCUCCUAGAAGAAGGUCUUACAGGAAGAGGACGAACAACGGGGUCAUGAUCUUUGACCAAGAAGACAUACAUAAGGACAGUGAAAGUGAAAACAGUGAUGAUCAUCUCAUAGAGCUCUUGAAAGGGGAUGGAUAUUCUGCUCUAGCUUAUGAAAGCGAAGAAUAUCAGAUCAUAGAGAUUGUUAGUGAUACUAGUGUUAGUGACGACGAGGUUACAGGGUAUUACUAAGCCCGGCUUAUAACUAUUAGUGAAGAUGUACAACAGUUGCAUAUUUAGGAGAUUUUUUGGGCACAUACUUUUUGGAACAGAUUGGCAGAUAUGGUGCAUCUCUAUUAUAUAGCUUAAGUUACUUAGAU